AUGUCGCCUGCCAUUUUAUCGAGUAUCACCACCACCGAGGUGCCCGUUGUUUCGGGGGACAUCCUGCGUUCCAUCGCAACACCUGUAGUCCUACCAACCGCAUCGACUGCGUCCAAACGUAGAGGAUCCGUCGCAGAGACCGUGGGCGUAGACCUCAAUGCCAUAGGCAAAGUGGAGGCCCGAAAAAUUAUGUCGGAAGAGCAUCGAAUACUCGGUUUCAGGCCACCACAUGAUUCCCUAGCCGCCGAGGCUCAGGCCGCAGCGGCGAAACACCCAGAAGGCAAUCCUGAGAAACAGCCACCCGAUCCGUUGAAGCUGAAGGAACUCGCCCGCCAGGACGCCUUGCGAAUCCUGUCUGAAAGAGAGACAAAUAUCGACUCGAGCUCAACGGUCGCAAGCGGGUCCGGCAAAUCCCCCAAGUCGUCAUUGCCGCCAACUGGAGGAGUGAACCUCGCCACGAUCAGCGCAUCCGAGGCUCGCUCGCUCAUGUCGCACGAGCAUCGUGCCCUUGGUUUCCGCCCGCCACCGGGUUCGCUUGCAGCAGAGGCGCAGGCGGCCGCGGCGAGACACCCCGACGGUGCAGGCAUGGCGACUGUAGACGCAGAGAUACUGAAAGAAAUCGCAAUGCGCGACGCAGAGCGCAUCAAAGCGGACCGGGAGCUCAAUAUAGUUGGCGAGGUGAACGUCAGCACGAUUGGAAUCGUGGGCGCAGAGCGGCUCGCGCAGGCCACGGAGCGCGUCUUAGGCCAUACGCCCCCACCAGGAUCGAUGGCAGCCGAGGCAAAGCAGGCUGCUGCAGUACAUCCCAAAGGUGGGAGCUUUCCUGCAAUGGGUGGCGACGUAGAGCAGCUUGAAGAGGUUGGAUGCCGUGAAGGAGAACGGCUGAAGGCACAGGAGAAUAAGGACCGAAAGGUCGAAGCUGAGGAAGUUCGCAUAGAAGAUGUUGGCGAGGUUGUUGACGGAUCAAGCUCUCUUAUCCUCGGGACAACAACCGAAGAGGUUGGCCUCGCUAACCUGGAACAUUUGGCUGUGAAAAAUGGGAUGGGCAGGGUGCUCCAGGAGGCAGUCGUGCGCUCAGACUCGACGGGUGAUUCUGUAGAGAUCGUUGGGGACGUCGUCAGCGGAUAG